GCUCGUUCCACUGGGUAAAAAGCUCGAUUCUUGGGCAAGACAAAAAGCCAGCAAGGGCUUUCUCACUUUGGGCAGGGCCAUGGAGUCGCCAAUCCUGGAGUACAGCUCCGGGCCCGGUGUGUAUCGGAUCGGGUUGUUACUCCGAUGUUGGCUUCAUCAGCAAAUCACCGCUGCACACGCGCCGGGGUGGGGGCGCACCCCCUCCCCCCGCGUUCUCGGGUGUUUCUCCCAAUUAGAUGCCUGUCGUCCACCUCAGGACUCUCCCACCUAUUAAUUAAUUCCCCUACCCUCUCUCGACCAUCGUCAUCUACCCGCCCAAACCUCCAAUUUUUUAGACCGUUUCUUCCAUUUCAAUCUCUCUCUCUCGAGCUCCAUGCAACCUGCAACUCCCUCUUAGAGAGAGAGAGAGAGAGAGAGAGAGAGAGAGAGAGAGAGAUUUACCACCAAUUUACUGGUCCCAUAGCGUCCAAUUUUGUUUCGAGCGAGAGCGAGAACGAGAGAAUGAGGCUCUCGAAGGAGUUCAUGGACAGCCCCCUUGGUGAUCGCGGGGCGAAUGACCUGGAGAGCGUCGUCGUCCAAGGCGACCAUAUCCAGACGGCCGCCGCCGAUUCGGUGGUUCGCCACAAGUCAUCCGGGUCGUCGAAGAGCUUCGCGCGGACCCUCCUGUCCCAGCCGUCCAAGAUCAUGAUGAGCUUCAGGGAGUCCGUGAAGAGCCCCAGCUCCAGGAUCCAAGCCCUUAGGGAGAGGAGGAACGCCGGGAGGAUGAACCGGGUGACGUCCAGAACGCAGAUAGGCCUCGCGGGGCUCCGCUUCCUCGAUAAGACGUCCGCCGGUAACGACGGGUGGAAGGCCGUCGAUAAGCGGUUCGGUCAAUUUGCCGUCGAGGGGAGGCUUCCCAAGGAGAACUUCGGCCCCUGCAUCGGCAUGGCUGAGUCAAAGGAAUUUGCCGGGGAGAUAUUUGUUGCUUUGGCAAGGAGGAGGAACUUGGAACCAGAAAACGGUAUAACCAAAUCUGAACUGAAGGAGUUUUGGGAAGAAAUGACGGACCAAAAUUUUGAUUCUCGACUCCAGAUUUUUUUCGAAAUGUGUGACAAGAAUGGUGAUGGAAAGCUCUCAGAAGAUGAGGUGAAGGAGAUUAUCAUUCUGAGUGCCGCAGCAAACAAGCUUGCGAAGUUGAAAGCACAUGCGGCCACCUAUGCUGCUCUCAUAAUGGAGGAGCUUGACCCAGACGGUCUGGGUUACAUUGAGCUUUGGCAGCUUGAGACAUUACUUCAAGGGAUGGUUAGCUCAGACGGAGCCGAGUUAACAAAAAGUUCGCAGAGCCUUGCGAGAACAAUGAUACCGCUGAAAUACAGAAACCCAGUCACCAGAUUUUUCAGCAUGACCACAGAUUUUGUUCAUGAGAACUGGAAGAGGAUAUGGUUCAUUUCCUUUUGGUUAACAAUCAAUCUAGUCCUAGCUGGAUGGAAAUUUCUCCAGUACGAAAGGAGAGCAGCAUUCGAAGUGAUGGGCUACUGUGUCUGCAUGGCCAAGGCUGCAGCUGAGACCCUCAAAUUGAACAUGGCUCUAAUUCUCAUCCCUGUUUGUCGCAACACCCUCACGGGGCUCAGAUCAACCCGUCUCAGUUCAAUAAUCCCAUUUGAUGACAACAUCAACUUCCACAAGACCAUCGCGCUGGCAAUAACAAUCGGAACUUUAGUGCACACAAUUGCUCAUGUAACAUGUGAUUUUCCAAGGUUGAUAACAUGUCCUAGUCCGACAUUCAUGAGAACACUGGGACCUAAUUUCAACUACAAGCAACCCACUUAUGCAUCUCUAGUGGCAAGUGCCCCCGGGGCCACCGGGAUCCUCAUGAUCAUCAUCAUGGCAUUUUCUUUCACACUGGCAACACAUUCGUUUAGGAGGAAUGUCGUCAAGCUGCCAUCGCCCCUCCACCAUUUAUCUGGUUUCAACGCAUUUUGGUAUGCCCACCAUCUUCUGGCUGUCGUGUACGUCCUUCUGAUAGUACACUCAUACUUCCUUUUCCUCACCAAGGAAUGGUACAAGAAGACAACAUGGAUGUAUCUUACGAUUCCAAUCAUCUUUUAUACCUGUGAGAGAUUAAUUCGGAGGGUUCGUGAGAAAAGGUUUCAUGUGAGCAUCAUCAAGGCAGCAAUAUAUCCAGGUAAUGUCCUUUCGUUACAUAUGAAGAAACCAGCAGGUUUCAAAUACAAAAGUGGAAUGUACCUUUUCGUCAAAUGCCCGGAUGUGUCACCCUUCGAAUGGCAUCCGUUCUCAAUCACUUCUGCACCAGGAGAUGAUUAUGUGAGUGUUCACAUCCGGACGCUAGGGGACUGGACGUCUGAGCUUAGGAAUCUGUUUGGAAAGGUCUGCCAGUCUCAGGUCACUUUGAAGAAGGCUAAUCUAAAGAGACUUGAAACCACAGUUGUGGCAGAUGUUCAAUUUGAAGAUACAAGAUUUCCAGAGGUCUUCAUCGAUGGACCAUAUGGUGCACCAGCUCAAAAUUACAAGAAAUACGACAUUCUUUUGCUCAUCGGGCUAGGAAUUGGUGCAACUCCAUUUAUAAGUAUACUGAAGGAUCUCCUGAACAAUAUAAAGACCAAUGAGGAAAUGCAAAGAAUACAUAAUGCAGAUGCAUCUGACACAAAUGCAGAUGCAAGUAACACCAAAGGAAAUGGUCCAGGAAGGGCCUACUUCUAUUGGGUGACAAGGGAACAAGGAUCCUUUGAAUGGUUCAAAAGUGUCAUGAAUGAUGUUGCUGAGAGAGACUACAAUAAUGUCAUAGAGAUGCACAACUACUUGACAAGUGUGUAUGAAGAAGGCGAUGCAAGGUCAGCCCUUAUCGCAAUGGUUCAGUCACUUCAACAUGCCAAAAACGGUGUUGAUAUCGUAUCUGGAAGUCGGAUACGCACACACUUUGCAAGGCCAAACUGGAGGAAAGUGUUUACCGACUUGUCCAACACCCAUAAAGCUGCUCGAAUUGGUGUUUUCUACUGUGGACCUCCCACACUCACAAAAUCACUGAAGGAUCUUUCACAAGAAUUCAGCCAUGACACCAGCACUCGAUUCCAUUUCCACAAGGAGAACUUCUAGAGAAGAGACAAGAUAAUGUUGGUAGCCAAAACAUGGUCGUAUAGGAAAAGUUUUCGGGAACCAUUAGAAAAGUCUUGUACAGAAAUUCCAGUGUUGAUAGGAUGAAAUGUUACAACAUACACGAGAGAAAAAGAUUUAGAACAGGUGUGAAGUAGCGAGAAAUGAAUGAUUCCUUCAUCAUUUCUGACUGUCCGGAAACGAUUCAAGAACUGAGAUAUCUAUUCCAUCAGCAGAAUCAUGAAGAAAAAAAAUCUUUCUUGCCUUGGGCUUUUUUGCUCUGGCAUUUGGCUAUUUCGCUUCGCCAUUUUUCUAUAUAUAUUAUAAAGCUCGUCGUGCAAUUGCUUCCUUA